CCUCAACACGCAUCUUCUCAGGCGCAGCUCUGGCGUCGCCUCCAUGUCCAGCAGCACUGCGCUCGCCGGCUUGCUAGAUCCGUCGCAAAGCCCGCAGCACGCCAGCGCCUAGCUGGCAGCGCAGCGAGGGCACGCCGCGACGCAGGCAUGAUUGCGGCGCGGCCUGUGCAAGCCACAAGGCCGCUCUCUCGCCGCGCACGCUCAGGUGUGCCAGCAUGAGUCCUCCUGCGGCACGACUGCACAGGUCACACAGCGAUGCCAUCGAGGCGCUGCCGUCGUCGACUCGUCUGUUGCUAUGCAGCACGCUCGCGCUGCCCACGCUCGCCUCGCUGCUCGCGUUGCUCGUGCACAACGCCCUCAACGCUGGCGCGCGGCGCAUCGCCGUCACACUCUGUCUGGGGCCUGACGAUACCGCGGAUGGACCGACGCCGUUCAUCGAGUGCGCAGACGAUGGCGCUGGCUUCUCCGAGGCUUGGCUACGCACGCAGGAAGAGCGCGUCGGCUCGCUUGCUCAUGCGGCGACGGUCGGCGGCCUCAGUGUCGAGACGAGCGUCAAUGGGAAGCGCUGGUCGCUGAUACGCCGAGACGGCAGGACACUGCACAGCGGCAGCAUGGACUCGAUGCCGAGGUCGCUUCGCUCCCAAAGCAGUGCGAGUCGUAGCGCCGAGGUCGCAAGGGACCGUGGCAGCGUCGUGCGGGUCGACGACCUCUACAGCGCACUGCCUGUGCGCCGCACAGCACUGCAGCGCUCGGUCAGCGCAAGUUGCACGGCCUGCGUCAGCAUGUUCAGCAUGUUCGCCCUCUCGGCGCCGCGCACGCAUAUGACGCUCUGCCUGCGGCGCGAUGGCAAAGAGCGUGUUCUGGCACGCUUCGCAGCGACAGAAUCUCUUAUGCAUCGCCUGGGCGACGCUCUCGACGUCGAGCUCUGCGACCGCGAUGUGUCGCCCAUCGACGUCCUGCUACCUCUCACCUCGUCUGUCAGCCAGCACGAAUCGACCGCCGUCGAGGCGCCUCGCGGUACCGUGCGCGUCCGCGGCCUUCUCGCGCUGCAAUCUGUCCCUCGAGGCGGGCAAGCCAUCUUCUGGGCCGGCGCGCCAGUCUUCGACGACUCAGCAGAGGGCGCAGCAUUGCACGACGGCGUCCGCAGCGUCUUUGCGCGCAGCACAUUUGCACGUUCAGCCUCUGGCAGUCCAGUCAAGUCGCCGCGUGCAGGAUACGUGCUGCAUCUCGACGUCGUGCUCGAAGCCGCGCACGACGCACAAGAGAUCGUGACCAGGGAAGAAGGCUUGGUGCUUGGUGCAGUCGACUCGAUUCUACAGAGCGUGGUAGCGGACGAGCUGUGCAAGCGUGGCUUGCUUGCUGCGCCUCGUCGAAGCAAGCGCGCUGCCGCAGAGGGUCUGCAGCGAGCAGAGACGGCACCACCGACGCCACGCUUGGCUGCACAGAGCGCUGCAAGCACCUCUGCCCGUCCAAAGCGACCUCGCACCAGCUUGGGACAGCGCGUCGCAGACCUUGCCGGCGCGCGACCGUUGUCGAGCGACGCCCCCGCUGCUUUCGCCGCUGCGGUGCCGACAGCAACAGUCGAGCAGCCUCGGCUGCCGCGAUUCGCUCGCCCGCCCUCCCGCCUCACCAAGGCCGAUUUCUCGCGCCUUCGAAGCGAUGAUCCGCAAGCUGCGCCGCCAGAUUGGCUCGUUCAGUCCCUCACAGGGCUCGUCGAUCCCGUCCUGCCUCGAUCUACAGAAGCCGACAUCCCCUCCCUCGACACUGCCGUGCUCGAAGCACCUGCCUCGCCCGAGAUGUCCCCUUCUCGAGCCUCGCAGCGCGCACGUCUCUCGGCUCACUCGGCACGAGCCAAUGCCGUGCCGCUGCCCGCUGCUCAGCUGGCCUCGCGCUUCUUCGGCGGCUUGUCAGGCGGAUCAGACAUCCAAGCACUGCAUACGUCAAGCUUGCAGGACGCUCGCGUGAUCGAACAGAUCGAUCGCAAGUUCAUUGCGAGCACGAUCAGGCUCGAGGAACAGCAGGCACUUGUCCUCUUGGACCAGCACGCUGCCGAUGAGCGCGUCCGCUUCGAGCUGAUGCUUCAGCCGUUCCUACACGGCGCUCUGACGAGUACCGCUGCGUCAAGCAUUCUCUCCGCCGCACAGAGCAUCUUUCUGACGCCACGAAGCGUCUCGUCCUUACUCGAGCCUGCGCACGCGCACAGCGUUGCGCGCUUCGGCUUCUUGCUGGGCGCCUCUUCAUCGUCCGACUUGAUCGACGUGCACGCCGUACCCUCACUCCUGCGCGAACGACUAGGCGAGCGAGAGACGCUCAGCCAGACGCUGCAGAGCAUCGUCGAGUGGCUUCAAGACGGCGGCGCAGGCGCACUCGAGGCGGCAGCACGACUGUACGUGCGCGAUGAGCCGAGCGGAGGCAACGAGCGGAUGUGGAUGAGAGGCAUGCGACACCUACCUUCUCGGCUCGCAGAGCUAAUCGCAAGCAAGGCCUGCCGUGGCGCCAUCAUGUUCAACGAUGCGUUGGAGAAGGAGCAGUGCCAGCGCUUGCUCGCGCAGCUGGCGGGCACGGCGCUGCCCUUCCAGUGCGCCCAUGGCCGACCAUCGAUGAUCCCUCUCUGUCAGCUGUCCAGCGCCUCAGUGCGGCGCCCCGUCGACUGGGCACGUCUGGCAGACGCGUGAGGCCGUGAAUAACAUCGAUGCAAUUACCACAGCAGCGCAGCGAGCGAGGACAGAGCGGCCGAGGAGGCGUCUCGGCAACAGAGACGCGCCUUACGAGGCAGGCGUAGAGACGGGCGAAGGGAUCACGCCGCCGAUGGCGCGCAGACGCUCCAAGCCACGCACUCGUCGCUCCUCGAACUCGGCCUGCAAGAGAGUCGCUUUGUCAACCCCCGGGCUGAGUGCUCGUUCCAAUAUCAGCACCACUCACCAGCGCCCACGACGACUUGUCCUGCCAAGCUCCCAAGCCCCUCUCAUCCUCCUUGCCUGCUCCCUCCGGGCGCGCAGGAUCAUACCGCGUCAGAAUGCCCGCCUUGCG